AUGAAAUUUUUUUAUUUUUUCAUAUUUUUAUUCAAUCUUGUAACAUGUUACGACGGUGAUCCAAUACAGUCAUAUUAUGGAACCAUUGUAGGAACAAAAAUUACAGUAUUAGGUGAAGAAAUGACAGAAUAUUUAGGAAUCCCAUAUGCACAAAUACCAAUGCAUUCUUGGAGAUUCCAACCGCCACAUGAAUUAAAUAAAGAUCAAUUUAAUGGAACUUAUUAUGCAGUUUUUAAAAGCGAAGGAUGCCCACAAAAUAUUAGAGUUAUGGGUUUUGACGGAUAUGAUGCAUCAAAUCCAAAAAAUGGAACCGAUGAAAACUGUCUUAAAUUAAACAUGUGGGUUCCAAAAGAUCAACAAAAUAUGCCAGUUAUAGUUUUUUUUCAUGGUGGAAGUUGGACAGUAAGAACUGGUAGUGCUGAUAAAUUUAAUGGAUCUGUUCUUGCUUUAAA